AUGGCGAUUCACUACUUGAUUCUCCUCUCCCGUCAGGGCAAAGUGCGCCUGGCCAAAUGGUUCACCACUCUUUCUCCCAAGGAGAAGGCCAAGAUCAUCAAGGAUGUGACCCAGCUCGUCCUGUCCCGUCGGACCAGGAUGUGCAACUUCCUCGAGUAUAAGGACAGCAAGGUGGUUUACCGCCGUUAUGCUUCCCUCUUUUUCAUCGCCGGAUGCGCCUCGACCGACAACGAGUUGAUCACCCUCGAAGUCGUGCAUCGUUACGUCGAGCAGAUGGACAAGUAUUACGGUAACGUCUGCGAGCUGGACAUUAUUUUCAACUUCCAAAAGGCAUACUUCAUCCUAGACGAGUUGCUGUUGGCGGGAGAGAUGCAGGAGAGCAGCAAGAAGAAUGUUCUGCGGUGCAUCAGUCAACAGGACAGCUUGGAAGACAUGGAGUUCCUUCCCCUUCCAGAGAUCGAGGACGUGACGAGUUCCCUGAACUUCGACACUGGCGAUUGCCACAUCCUCGGUGGCUGCGAUCUUUACACGACAAAGGCAGCACGUGCCGACCGCAAGUUGUACAAGAACAUCGAACAGUCGCUUGAAGCACAGUAUGAAUCAACUCUUCGCCUGUCCGCGUCGUUGUCGCCUCCAAAUGCGUCGGACGCGGCCGCCUCGCUCAAUCUAUCCCGGUCUAGCCCCUUCGGACCCCUGAGUGACCAUUCCAGCCGGAGGACCUUCGCUUAUCUGAUCGCAACUCUGAACGCAAGCCAUCCAGAUUACGACUUUUCUCAUGUGCUGCGCCCGUCCGACUUCCACCGCGAGAGAAAUCUCAAAAGAGUGAUGAAUACGAUUGAUUCCACGCUGUUUAAUCUCCGGCCACGUGAAGCCAUCGACCUCGCUCCCCCAUCCCCAGUGACCAUCUCGGGGUCAUACAAUGCCGGGGCCUCUGCUACAUGGGGGCCGAGGAUGUGGCGAAUAAUUGAUGAGCAGCUGUCACUCAAGGAGUGCUCGAUCUACUCUUACUCCCCGGAGGAGGACCCUUCCGAUGCGGACGACGGAGCGAUCUGGAGUCUACACUACUUCUUUUUUAACCGUAUCCGGAAGCGUGUCUGUUAUCUCUACCUCAGAGCCAUCCCGAUUCUCAGCCACACGCCUAGCGAUGGAGUUGCUACGCCGACCGCAAAGAGGACAUACGACGAUGGUUAUCUCACGCCGGACCACCUCGGAUCAAGCAAGCGGGCCCGCUAUUGGCUCGGCGAAGGCGUGCACUUGGAAGACGAGAGUGAGUCCGACGAAGAGCAUGUCGGCAAGCCCGCCCGACCCGUUGUGGACGAAUACGACAACUACGUGCUCAGCGACGAGGAAUUCCGAUCUAGAUCCGGUAGCAAGGGCACGGUACGUGCUAUGAGUGAGGAAAUUGCCGACUCCAUGGAGGUUUAA